CCGUGACAUCGCGGAGUGCUGGGAACCUGCAGAGCUGGCGCUCCAGUCCCUCGGCUUAUUUGCUUCUCAGGUGGUAGCUGGCAGGCCGAUCCAUGCAGAGCCCCGUGCCCGCUGCCGCUCAUUGCUUCAUGCUGCCCCCGCCAGCCUGCCGCCUGUAAUAUGCUCACUCGGAUGAAAUCCGCCGUGGCCAAUUUCAUGGGAGGAAUCAUGGCUGGCAGCGCCGGAUCUGAUCAUGCCAACGGCUCGGAGUUGCCUAUGAGGUUUCCUUAUGUCAGACCUGAGUUCCUGGGACUGUCGCAGGACGAGAUCGAGUGUUCGGCCGACCAUAUCGCCAGACCGAUUCUCAUCCUGAAGGAGACCAAGAGGCUGCCGUGGAGCACGGGCUACGCAGAAGUGAUAAAUGCAGGGAAGAGCACACACAAUGAAGAUCAGGCAAGCUGUGAAGUUAUGUUUGUGAAGAAGAAAACUGGAGUACAAUCCACUCCCAGCAAGACCUCCUCAAACAAGAGAAGAUCAUCCCUACAAAAUGGAGAAGGCCUACAACUGAAGGAAAACAUGGAAGCUGAUGGAAUCGCAUUUCAGUACUGGGCAUUGUUUGAUGGGCAUGCAGGAGCUGGGGCUGCUGUUGUAGCAUCUAAGCUUCUUCAUCUUAACAUCGUGGAACAACUACAGGACAUUGUAGACAUCUUGAAGAAUUCAACAAUUUUACCUCCCACCUGUCUAGGAGAAGUUCCAGAAACAACAUCUACCAAUAAUAGGACUCUAACUAGAGCUGCGUCAUUACGUGGAGCUGCUGGUGCCCCAGGUUCUCCAAGCACGCCUCAAACGCGAUUUUUUACAGAGAAGAAAGUUCCACAUGAGUGUCUUGUCAUUGGAGCUCUUGAAAAUGCAUUUAAGGAAAUGGAUCUGCAAAUUGAGCGAGAAAGGAGCGUUUACAAUAUCUCUGGAGGCUGCACGGCCCUUAUUGUUGUAUACUUACUGGGGAAAAUGUAUGUCGCCAAUGCCGGUGACAGCAGGGCUAUAAUUAUUCGAAAUGGAGAAAUCAUUCCUAUGUCUUCAGAAUUUACACCAGAAACAGAGCGUCAAAGACUUCAGUACCUAGCUUUUCUGCAGCCACAUCUACUUGGAGAUGAGUUCACACAUUUAGAAUUUCCAAGGAGAGUGCAACGUAAGGAACUGGGAAAGAUGAUGCUCUACAGGGACUUUAAUAUGACCGGCUGGGCUUACAAGACAAUUGUGGAGGAAGAUUUAAAGUUUCCUUUAAUAUAUGGCGAAGGGAAAAAGGCCCGCGUAAUGGCAACAAUUGGUGUAACCAGAGGACUCGGUGAUCAUGAUUUGAAAGUCCACGAUUCCAAUAUUUAUAUUAAACCAUUUCUGUCUUCAGUUCCUGAGGUACGAGUUUAUGAUCUUUUGCAAUAUGAACAUGGUGCAGAUGAUGUACUGGUUUUGGCCACAGAUGGCCUCUGGGAUGUCUUAUUAAAUGAAGAAGUGUCUGAAGCCGUUACAAAUUUUCUGGCUUGCUGUGAUCCAGAUGACCCUCAAAGGUACACGCUAGCUGCUCAGGAUCUGGUGAUGCGUGCUAGAGGUGUCCUGAAAGACAGAGGUUGGAGGAUAUCAAAUGACAGGCUGGGCUCAGGAGAUGACAUCUCUGUGUACGUCAUCCCAUUGAUACACGGCAAUAAACUGACAUGAAGGAAUCGGCUACAAGUGCAGGGAAUGUUAUGUUAUUAUGUACUGUUAACAUGUUGUCGAAAUAUCACUACUGAAAUAAGGCUUUGCACAAUCACCUUAUUGUGCAUUUGGGACCUCAGAACAUAUGUAACGCUGCUAAUUUGUUAUGUCUUGUGUUGUACUCUAAGGGUACGUCCAAAUGGGGGGGGGGGUAUGUGGAUUUACCACUGCAGAAUUGUGACUUUCAGUAGCAGCAAAGUGGAUGAGAUUGCAAAAAAAAAAAAAACAUCUCAUCCACGUGCCACUUAUAAAAUCUCAGGUGGAAAGUGACCUGCGGAUGGAUUUUAAGUGUGCGCCACGUAAAUUUAUGCUGCCGAUUUCCACCAUGAGAUUUCACCCUUUGCAAAGCUUAGGGUGAAAUUUGCUAUAUAAUGUGCAAGAAAUCCUCAUCAUGGGAAAAUCCGCGGCACAAUUUUUCUUGCUCUGUCACUGUACCCUAAAGCUUCCUGCACACGUUGCAGAUUACGCAUGUCUUUUUCUGCACAGAUUCUCAUGUAGAAAAAAAAUACGCAACCAGCAAUGUGAAUGAGAUUAGACAAAUCUCAUGUACGCGUUGCUUUCUUCUUUCGUGCGGAAGUUGACCUGCUGUGUGGAUUUUGAAAUCCACAGCAUGUCAACUGUGCAAUUUUACCCUUUUCAAUGGAAGGGUGAGAUCUGUGGGAAAAACCGCAUCAAAUCCGCAACAAAAUCCACGGGUAACAUAUGCAGAUUUUGUGCGGAAACGCAUAGUAAUUGAUGCAGAAUUUCUGCUAGACUACCUGCACCCGUGUACAGGUAGUCUUAGGGUGUUCUCACACACGUAGUCAGAGCCAUAAGCGGAUUAAACAAAAUGAGAAAAAAAAGCUAAUAUUUAUUCUUCUUCCCACUGGAUCCAUUUCCAGCAUUGGCUCAAAAAGCUGUAUCAAAAAUUGCAGUGGCUUUUUUCCAAAAAAAAUAAUGUGUGAAACCAGCAUAAAGAUCAAAACCCUGUUUUAGUUUCCUUAUGCUGCCACAUCAUUUUCAACAUUAAAAUACUGUCAGUUAAAUUAAAUAUUUCCCAACGGCAGCAACUGUACUAAACUAACAAACGAAGUGAUACUUUUUCUUUCCUGCCGCUUCCUGCUUUGGUCCUUCCUGGCGAUGUCUGCUCUCGUUCACUGCAGCCAAUCACCAGUAAUUGGAUGCACAGUGACCUGGUGUAUGAGAGACCACCGCUGCAGCCGGGAAGAUGGCGUUAGUGCUGCAGGAGUGGAGUGCAAUGCUGGAAGCAGCAGGGAAGAAAGUUUAUAUUAGUACAUUUACUACGUCUGGGAAACAUUAAAGGGAUAUUCCCAUCUGAGACAAUGGUGGCAUAUCGCUAGGAUAUGCCCCCAUUGUCUGAUCGAGAACGUGGCCUGCAAAGUGGUGGCUGGAAGACCCCGGGUUUCCCCAGUCCGGCCACCACCAAUCGCUCUCCCCAUAGAUAUGAAUGGGAGCGCGCCACGCUUGCGCGGCCUCCGCUCCCAUUCAUUUCUAUGGGGCCAAUGGAAAUAGCCUUUUUUCAGUGGCCCCAUAGAACUGGAUGGAGGGUAGCUGCUCAUGCACGGUGCGCCCUGCUUCACUUUGCCGGCUGCAUUUACGAAAUAGGUGCGGAUCCCACCUCUGGGACCUUGCACCUAUCAGACAAUGGGGGCAUAUCUUGAACAUUUGGAUGGUGAAGUGUAAAGAGGUUAAUCCAUCUAGACAUCUCCUACAAGUGUACCUUUACUUAUAAAUCGGCAUUUACCAGGUGCUGUUAGACUUGGUUUCUGUAUGUUUUUAACAGGAUUGCCAACCGUCCAUAAAUUCAUUGACAGUCCAAAAAUAGGCCAGUGUCCAUAUUAUAAAGUAGAUGCAUCCUUGAUUUUUUUGAAGCUUGUACUUAUCAUGUUUACAGUAAUGCUGCUAAUGUGUAUCUGAGCUAUAGACAUAUCUCAUACCUUCUUUAUUUUCCAGUUAGUAAAAAUAUUGGUUGUCCGUAAGAUAAAAGGAGGUCGCCGUACCCUGUUGGAGAACUCACUCAGAGAACCCAGUAGCAUGUCCUGCCCAAUGUCCAUUGUAUCUUCUGGAAUAAAUUCACAUGUGCUCAGUGUCCCAGGUUUCCAUAUGCAGCAUGUAACUUAGAAACUAGGGAGAUGAUUGUGAUUUCCUCGACUUCCACCCUAGCGUGCAGCAUGGACAUUAGGCAGUUCAUAAUCUGAGCUGACAGAAUGUUGUAAUUAGAUUCGUAUUUAUAAUGUGGUUCACGUAGUAAGGUUUAUUUGUCUUUCAACCAGGAACCAUUAGUGCUUCCAUUCCUAAAAACCAGUUUUAGGGUACAUGCAUUUUAAUAGAGGAGGAUGACUACUACACCCAUCAUUCUGUACCUAGAGCUUACAAUUAACCACUCUGGUCUACAACCUUUUGUGAAUGUGGUCUUUAUUUUUGGAAUCUAUUAACUGGAGUUUUUUUGCUUUAUGUGAAGUCCAGAAGCACUGGAGAACAGUUGCUACAUUGCAGCUAUGUGGCUCCACUGAAUGCUAUCUGGGGUGUUUUUGUCAUUAGAGAGUACGUCUGACAUUUAUAGUUAUAAAUGACACUAUGGACUGUUACAUGUGGCAUCAGGUUAAUAGUCCCUAGUGUGACUUGAUAUGAAGAAUCGUAUAAGUAGUGUUUAGUAUUUCUAACAGAUAUUAGAUCCCUCCAUACCCACCAACUAUGUAUUACAUAAGACCUUACAGAACAACCCCCAUCUGUUUGUGCCUAAGGAAUUUAUUAAUGCUGCAUGCUACUUCAGGUUUGAAGAUUGUAGUUGCUUCAUUUUCGUCUUCAUAUAUCCAUACCAUACCGAGAAAGCCAUUUAAUGUUCACAUACGAGCUGAUAAUAUCAGAGUCAUUCAGAGGACAUAAAUGUGUCAUCAAGCUCACGGAUUCUUGAUGGUAUUAUUGAAGCCAAGUUUAGCUUCAGCCUGGACAGGAUAGAUAAUCACAUUAGAUUUAUAUUGCACUCAAUAUAUCUCUGGCACCAGAUAAAUUGAAUUCUUCUGACAGAUUACGGUAAGCAGUAUUUCAUCAAUACUCAUCGCUUUUCUUUUGCAUUCAGUUGUUCUUCCAUUUUGUAACUAGUAAUGUAUUUCUCUCCAGAAUACAUCCUUAAGGGGGUUGUCCAAGCCCACAGCAGUAUUAAUUAUGGCCCCGAAAGUGCCCAGCCUAAAGGGAAAAAAAA